AUGGAGGAAGAAUAUUGUUACAACUGCAGCCUUUUCGCUCAGAUCAACGACACUGUCUUUAAGAACAUUACUAAACAUGAGACCAUCAACAAGUUUUAUUUUUAUCAGUCGGCACAGUUAGCAAUCCUCUGGGUACUUCUAGUAACAAUUGUGGCUGGCAACGCAACCGUAGUACUAGCUUUGCUGCUAACAAAAUCUCGGAAAAGCAGAAUGAACUUCUUCAUCAUGCAGUUGGCUAUAGCCGAUCUAUUAGUGGGACUAAUCAGCGUACUACCAGACUUAAUACAAAGGAUUACAAUUACAUGGCUUGCUGGUUCCAUCACUUGCAAGAUGAUGAAAUAUUUACAGGGUGUGGUCACAUAUUCAUCUACAUAUGUGUUGGUUGCUUUGAGUGUAGACCGGUGUGAUGCAAUUACACAUCCUAUGAAUUUUACAGGAAGCUGGCGUCGAGCUCGAGCUCUUAUCCUGGGAGCAUGGCUUCUCAGCUUUCUCUUCUGUGUUCCAAUGCUGUUUUUGUUCGAUGAAGCGAACGUUGAAGGUAUUUACCAAUGCUGGUCCGGUAUAAGCAAGUUGCAGUGGCGGAUAUGGAUGACAAGUGUGUUCGUUUCACUGUUCGUGGCCCCAGCUCUGACAAUAUCUGCCUGCUACGGUGUGAUCGUGGUAACGAUACGUCAAAAAAGCAUACGUGUACUUGGCAGACGGGCUACAGCAACAAGGCAAUACAGCGACGACUUGGACAGUAGACGCGCAAGCAGCAGAGGCAUCAUUCCGAAGGCCAAGAUUAAAACUGUCAAAAUGACUUUCGUCAUUGUCUUCGUGUUCGUUCUCUGCUGGUCUCCGUACAUGAUCUUCGACAUAUUGCAAGUUUAUGGCUAUGUUCCUGACACUCAAGUCAACAUUGCAAUAGCCUCACUCAUCCAGAGCUUAGCGCCUCUCAAUUCGGCAGCAAAUCCUGUUAUAUACUUCAUAUUCUCAAACAGAAUAUUUGUGAGCCUCAGGAACAUUCCUCCAUAUAAAUGGUUGUGGUGCUGGGUGAAGGCAAGUGACAGUCCAUCUGGAAACGAAUCCCGAGCACACACCGAACUGUUGACUUCAUCGCACAGGCGGACAAGACAUGAACUCACCAUUAGAGUGAAGGACGACAGUAUUAAAUUUCCAAAGCCCAAAGUCCACCAUUACAACAGUACAAACUCGAAAAAGGUUCGUCUAAAUCUCCCUGAACAGCAGCUCAAUAACAAUUGUCAUCCUGUACAAAGACGGCGAGAAGAUACUUUCUUGUAG